AUGAGUGGCGGCGGGGGGUAUCGCGUGGCGGAGUGGGGGGAGAGGGAUGUAAACACAAAGCUUCAGGAACGCCGGCAGUCACGUGGCGCGCCCGCCGGGGGCGCAUCACUCUUGAGGGUGGAAAAACGACGGUAAAAACACCAACACCAUAACACUGCGAAAAAAAACAAACGCGAAACUUACACCUAGCGAAAAACACCUAAUUCCAGUAAUUUCCCCGAAAGAGUGAUGCCCCCCGGUCUGAUCUAAAAGUUCUACGUACAUAUAAAUAGUACAUAUCUAUAAACAUUUAAAAACUAAUGUUGAAGUAUUGAAUUAGAGUCUUUGUAUAUAAUACAACAACCACUCUAAAGAAUAUCAAUACAGAACAUAUCAAAUUAAUCUUAACAUAUCUUGUAACAUAAUAUAUCUUAACCCUAGUAUAAAAACAUAUUUAUUGGAAAAACUCGUAUGUGUAAUUUAAAUAAGUAGAUGUUAAUUAAAGUGUAUUUAUUGGAACUUCUUGUCUAAGAACCGGCUGCGAUUGGUCGGAUUUCAUCUACGUCCGUGCACGUAGCAGCCAAUGGCGGUAGGGGCUACGCGCAGCCGUAGCGGCAAAGCAUAGAGGCGCGCGGGGAGCUACACGAUCGACAGACGCUACAGCGGAGCAGCUACGCCAGGGAACUGAAAAAUGUGUUAGUGAAAGGUGUCAUUUGAUGUGGGACGUGGGACCGGCGUCAUGCAGGGGCUCAAUGCCGCGAAGGAGAAGGCCUCGGGGCUCUUCGCCAACAAACCCCUUCUGUUCAAAAAUACUCAAUAUGAGAACUUCCACGUCGAUCAGAAGGGUUACGACCAAAUGUACGAUGGCGAGGACUUGGAGACGCCACCGUCACCUGACAGACCCCCACCACGAGCUAUAGAUAAAUACGUUCGCGCGGAAUGUCCGUGCCUGAGUGCGCGCUACACGGUAGCGCUGCUCGCCUGCUUUGGCUUCAGCAUCAUGUUCGGCAUGCGCUGCAACAUGAGCAUGGCCAAGCUGAAGAUGACUGAGAAACAAGCUCAAAACUCAACAGACAAGGCACCAUUCGAAUGGACAGUGAGUGUAGAGUCCUCAAUAGACUCAUCUUACUUCGCCGGCUACCUCAUCACCCAAGUCCCUGGUGGUUUCCUGGCCUCCAUGUACCCUGCAAACAAGAUCUUUGGUGUAGCUAUCGUGACGUCAGCUAUAUUCAACAUGGCGAUCCCUGGAGCGAUGUCCGUGGGGCCUGCCGCGGUCGUCAUCUUAAAAGUUGCCCAGGGAUUUGUUGAGGGUGUGACCUACCCCUCAUGCCAUGGUAUCUGGCGGAUGUGGGCUCCUCCCUUGGAGCGCUCGCGGCUGGCGACCCUCGCCUUCUGCGGCACCUACGCCGGCAUCGUCAUCGGCAUGCCGCUGUCUGGUAUACUCACAGAUUACAUCAGCUGGCAAGCUCCUUUCUACUUCUACGGAGUUUCUGGAGUCAUCUGGUACACCUUGUGGCUCUGGCUGGUGUUCGAAAGGCCCAGCAAGCAUCCCACUAUCGCCGCCAAAGAGUUGACCUACAUAGAACAGUCUCUUGGGACUGCAACGCAGGCUGCGAUGCCUGGAUUCUGGUCUACGCCGUGGAAGGCCUUCGCUACUUCACCACCAGUUUACGCGAUCAUCGUAGCAAACUUCUGCAGAACAUGGAAUUUCUGUCUCCUAGUCAUUUUCCAGUCAUCAUAUUUCAACACGAGAUUCAACAUGCAGAUCACUGAGUCUGGGUUUGUUGGCGCCAUUCCACAUUUAAUAAUGACGUCACUGGUGCCAAUCGGAGGCAUGAUGGCAGAUUACUUGCGUAAAAAUAACAUCAUGACUACGACCAACGUGAGGAAACUUUUCAACUGCGGAGGAUUUGGAUUAGAAGCGUUCUUUUUCGUGCUAGUCGCUUAUGCCAAUAACAAGUACGUCGCAACUAUAGAGCUGACGCUGGGUGUCGCGUGCAGUGGCUUCGCCAUCUCUGGCUACAAUGUGAACCACCUGGACAUCGCGCCGCGUUACGCGUCCAUCCUCAUGGGUCUCUCCAACGGCAUCGGUACCAUCGCUGGCUUCGUCGUACCCAUCGUUAUUGACUACAUGACGCAGGAGAAGAAUCAAUUGGAGAAAGCCAUAACGGAAUGGCGGGCGGUGUUCCUGAUGGGCGCGACGGUACACUUCGUGGGUAUUACUAUAUACGCUAUCUUCGCGUCCGGCGAGCUGCAGCCGUGGGCUGAAACAGCCGUCGAGGAACCACAACCCAUGAAGAGUUUAGAAAAUGAAACAACAUUCACGGAGCGACCAUCAGCGCCACUAAAGGGUUCAGACCAACCUGGGUACGGGGCUAUCGCGCCACCCCGGCCGGCCGCACCGCCCCAAGCCCACGUGCCCAACAACCCAUUCGUGUCAGGCGCUCUCUACCAGGCCGAGCCCGUACAGCCACCAGCGCACGACUACUACGACGGCACACAGGAACAACCUUACAACGAGUAAAAGUAAAACAAAUUCAAAUAUCUCUUCAAGUUGUAUUUUUAUUUUAAAACAGCAUUUCAGCCUUCAUCUAUGCUUUAGCACUACAUUCUGUCACUACUGAUACCCUGGUACUUCAACGUUCGGAGUGAAACAGCUGGUUGCUAUCGUUAUAAAAAUGCAACUUGAAUGAAAAUUAACGGAAAUCUUUCUUCGUUAUUGAUGUGUCUAAUAGAUAACUAAAUAAAAUGGUAAACAUGUUUUCUUAUAUCACUUCGGUUUCAACAUUGACUCCACGUAUCACUCGUAUUUUUAUAGGAAUAUUAAUAUUAACAUUGUUGUCAUCGUUAGCUUGUAUGUUAAAUCGUUUAGCGUUUAGAAGUGA